AGCAUGUCUGUGAAGAGUGCUUCAGUUCUGCUGCUGCUGCUACAACUGAAUUGCUGUAUCCUUUCUGUUAUUUGUGGGAAGGUGCUGGUCUGGCCCAUGGAGUACAGUCAUUGGCUCAAUCUAAAGACAAUCCUGGAAGAACUUAUUCAGCGAGGUCAUGAAAUAACUGUACUGACAUCUUCACCAUCUAUUUUUUUUGAUCCCAGUAAAGAACCGGGAAUGAAAUUUGCGAAUUUUCCUACCUCUUUUACUAAAGAAGAAAUAGAUUAUUUUUUCAAGUAUUGGAUCAAUAUAUUGCUAAAUGAUAUGUCAAGAUAUAAAUAUUGGGAUUAUUUUCCACGAUGGCAAAAAUUCUUUUUAAAACAUUCUGCUAUUUUCGACAAACUCUGCAAAGAGUUAGUUUUGAACAAGGAAGUCAUGAAAAACCUGCUAGAAUCGAAGUUCGACGUUAUUGUUGCAGAUGCUGUUGUCCCCUGCGGCGAGCUGCUGGCUGAGCUACUGGAAAUCCCCCUUGUGUACAGUCUCCGCUUCACUCCUGGCUACAAAUAUGAGAAGUAUUGUGCGGGACUUCAUUUUCCACCUUCCUACGUACCUGUUAUAAUGUCAACACUAAGUGGAAAUAUGACAUUCAUGGAGAGGGUGAAAAAUAUGCUGUGGAUGCUUUAUUUUGAUUUUUGGUUCCAAACAUUUAAUGACAGGGCCUUGGAUAAGUUUUACAGUGAAGUCCUGGGAAGACCUGUCACAUUUGCUGAGUUGAUGGGCAAAGCUGAUAUGUGGCUCAUUCAAAGCUACUGGGAUUUGGAGUUUCCCCGCCCACUUUUACCAAAUGUUAAAUUUGUUGGAGGGCUCCACUGUAAACCUGCCAAACCUCUUCCUAAGGAAAUGGAAGACUUUGUGCAGAGCUCUGGAGAACAUGGAGUGGUGGUGUUUUCUCUGGGCUCAAUGGUCACUGACAUGACAGAAGAAAGGACCAAUGUGAUGGCUGCAGCCCUAGCCCAGCUUCCACAAAAAGUUCUUUGGAGAUUUGAAGGCAAGAAACCAGCGUCCUUAGGACCCAACACUCGUAUCUAUAAGUGGCUCCCCCAGAAUGACCUUCUAGGUCAUCCAAAAACCAAGGCCUUUGUGACUCAUGGUGGAGCCAAUGGCAUUUAUGAGGCAAUCUACCAUGGCAUCCCCAUGGUGACUUUUCCCUUGUUCUCUGAGCAAUAUGAUAACACUGCCUACAUGAAGGCCAAAGGAGCUGCUGUUAGAUUGGAUUGGAAAACAAUGUCAAGUUCAGAUUUACUCGAUGCCAUGAAGACAGUCAUUAAUGAUCCUUCCUACAAGGAGAAUGUGAUGACAUUAUCACGGAUUCACCAUGAUCAGCCCAUGAAGCCCUUGGACCGAGCAGCCUUCUGGAUUGAGUAUGUCAUGCGCCACAAAGGAGCCAAACACCUGCGGGUUGCAGCCCAUGACCUCACCUGGUACCAGUACCACUCUCUGGAUGUGAUUGGGUUCCUGCUGGCCUGUGUGGCAAUCAUUACUUACCUUGUCACAAAAUUUUGCCUGUUUGCUUGUCAAAAGCUUGUUAAGGCAGAAAAGAAGAAAAAGAGGGAUUAG